UACGAAUAUUAAGCGAAUUUAUAUAUCGGGUUGUCCGGAAAGUCCGUGCGGAUUUUUUAGUAAAUGGCGUUCAAAUGCAAAUUUUAGAAGUUGUGAUCAAAUAAAAAUAUUUCUCCUGGCAUCAGCUUGAAAAUGGAAGGAAAUAACGUGUUUUUUCGGUGUAUAAUGCUUUUUUAUUACCGUAACGGCAAAAACGCGACGCAAACUCGAAACAAGAUAUGUGCCGUGUACGGAGAGGAUGCUGUAAGCGAACGCAUGUGUCAGAAAUGGUUUGCCAAAUUUCGUUCGGGAGAAGUAGAUAUCGAAGAUGCUUCUCGCUCUGGUCGGCCAGUUACCACGGAUGUCGACCAAAUAACAGCUUUGAUCGCUUCCGACCGGCAAAUAGCAACUCGGGAAAUUGCAGCGAAGUUAAAAAUUGGCAAAUCAACUGUUUCGGAACAUCUAAGCAAGCUCGGAGUGGUGAAGAAGCUCGAUGUUUGGGUACCGCACAAUUUGACUGAAAAAAAUCUCAUGGAUCGCAUUUCUAUCUGCAAUAUGCUAUACAAAUGCAACGAAGACGAUCCAUUUUUAAAACGAAUUAUAACAGGCGAUGAAAAAUGGAUCAUUUACAAUAACAUUGAGCGAAAGAGGUCAUGGAGUAAGCGAGGUGAACCGCCAUUAAUUACUUCGAAGAAAGUUAUGCUCUCCAUUUGGUGGAAUUGGAAGGGAAUCAUACAUUAUGAGCUACUACCCAACAACCGAUCCGUCAAUUCGGACAAAUACUGUUUGCAACUAGACCAAUUAAGGGCAGAAGUCAACAAGAAAUGUACGGAAUUAGUCAAUCUGGAGGGCGUCAUUUUCCAUCAUGACAACGCCAGGCUUCGUACUAAUUUGCAGACCCGACAAAAAUUGUUGGAGUUUGGCUGGGAUAUUUUGCCUCACCCAUCAUCUUCACCCGACAUAACACCUUCCGAUUAUUACUUAUUCCGGUCCUUGCAGAACUCCCUUAAUGGUAUACGUUUUGUUUCUUUGGAACAUCUCAAAAAUUACCUAGCCAGCUUCUUCGCUGAAAAAACCCAGGACUUCUACGAGAGAGGAAUUAUGAGAUUACCCGAAAGAUGGAAGACUAUUGUACAACAAAAUGGCGCAUAUAUUACAGAUUAAAAUUAUUGUUAACUAAAAAAAAUCUUACAUUGGAAAUUUGCUUGAAAAUCCGCGCUUUCCGGAUUUUCCGAACAACUCAAUAUUAUAAAUAAGCUCGGGAGAGCUCCAUAUAAAUGGAUGGCCCACGUAGAUGAUUGACUAAUUUAACCUAAAAUUUUUUUAAUUGAAGGUUCAGCGGAAAGAUUCUCGGGCACCGGCCGAUGUGAGUGGAUAUGUGCAAUCAUACCCUAACGUUAUAACGGGCCCUCCCAGCUUAUUAAUUUAAAUAACGCAUUGUCAGAUUCAAUUUAUAUGAUUAAAUAAAAAUUAUCAUUUUCUUUGUUAAA